CAGAGCCUGGAGAUGCCUAAUGAUGUACCGAGGGGUUACCUUGCUGUAUAUGUUGGACCGGAGCUUCGGAGGUUUAUUAUCCCAACUAGCUACCUAAGUGAUCCGCUGUUCAAGGUUCUGCUUGAAAAGGUUGAGGAGGAGUUUGGAUUUGAUCACAGUGGAGCUCUCACAAUCCCGUGUGAUGCCGAGACCUUUAAAUAUCUCAUACAGUGCAUGGAAAAUCACAGGAAAGAACAAGCUGAUCAAAGCAAUGCAGCUGAAAACACAUCGCCGGUAGAAGAGUGAUGAUGGUUUGACAUCAGUGCUGUUUUUUACUGUGUAAAGAAAGGUAUUUGGUAAGAGAUAUGACAACAAUUUAUUUUCUUUUUCUUCGUUUCGGUUCUUGAAGACUAUCUAGAUAGUUGGUAUGGUUUUUGAUCAUGCUAUUAGCCGAUGAUCAUCGACUUAACCCCCCACCCCCCGUUCUCUUGUCUAAACUGAAACUGUGUUGACAUUUAGAUCUGGUUUUUCAAUUGGAUUUUUACGAUUAA